GUCACUUGCGUAAGUGGGAGCAGUGAAUUGCCAGAGGCUCGUGUCAGCGUAUUUCCUCCGCUGGGAUUUGAGUCCACCCCCGCCUUAGCGCAGGGCAGACACCCACCCCCAGAGCGAGGAAGUGGGCGGAGUCCGGUUUUGGCGCCAGCGCUGCUGCGGCGAAGCAGAAACGCCGCCGCGGAGACGAUCCGGGUCGCUGUCUGCGUCCUCCUUCCCUCUCCCUCCCCUCGGGGGACCACCGGGCGCCACCCCGCGAACUUAAUAGCUCUACAAGUCUGCAAUAAAAAUGGCCUCCAAUAAAACUACAUUGCAAAAAAUGGGAAAGAAACAGAAUGGGAAGAGUAAAAAAGUUGAGGAGGCAGAGCCUGAAGAAUUUGUAGUGGAAAAAGUAUUGGACCGACGAGUAGUGAAUGGGAAGGUGGAGUAUUUCCUGAAGUGGAAGGGAUUCACAGAUGCUGACAAUACUUGGGAACCUGAAGAAAAUUUAGAUUGUCCAGAGUUAAUUGAAGCAUUUCUUAAUUCUCAAAAAGCUGGUAAAGAAAAAGAUGGAACAAAAAGAAAGUCUUUAUCUGACAGUGAAUCUGAUGAUAGCAAAUCAAAGAAGAAAAGAGAUGCUGCUGAUAAACCAAGAGGCUUUGCCAGAGGUCUUGAUCCUGAACGAAUAAUUGGUGCCACGGACAGCAGUGGAGAAUUAAUGUUUCUCAUGAAAUGGAAAGAUUCAGACGAGGCAGAUUUGGUGCUGGCAAAAGAGGCAAAUAUGAAGUGUCCUCAAAUUGUAAUUGCUUUUUAUGAAGAGAGACUAACCUGGCAUUCUUGUCCAGAAGACGAAGCCCAAUAAUUGUUUUUGUUGCUUUUUAUAUAUAUUUAUAUAUAUAAAAACCUGGGUCUUGGAUUUUUUGAUUUAUUAGUGUGAAGAGAUAACUACAUUCUAAUAAAAAUCAAGUUUGGUAUGUUUGUUUUAAAGUAGUACUGGGGGUGGUGUUGUUGGGGGGUGCAUCUGUAGCACUGGUUACUUUGGAACAAAAGCUUUCUGUAGUUGCUUCCUUUAUCAGAAAACAUUUGAUACCAUGGUAUAUUCUUUCCUCUGCAUUAGAGAACAGCUUUUCUAAAUGUUGGGGUCAACUUCCAUUGUUACUCAGUCAGAAUUUUUGUUUAAGUCAUAUAUACUUCAGGAUCAUUGUGGGGGUUUUUGUUUAUUUGGUGGGGGGUGGUUGGUGUGUAUACAUAUGUAAAUUUAAAUGGUUUUCUUUCUUUUUUUUAACUGAAAGAAAAACAGCAUUUCACAACCAUAGAUAAGCUCAUGUUUCUGGGCCGCCAUCAUUUUCAGCAAUCUAAGAAAUAAAUCACUUCAAGUUAAAUUGAAAUUUUUCCUGAAGCUUUAACCUUUGAAAUUAAAUAGUUUGUAAUUAAUUGGGCAAUUUAAAUAUAAUAUGAGCAGUUUAAAUUGGACAAUUUAAAAGCAGCCAUAUCAGAAUCCGUGGCCAUAUCUACAAUUAUAAAGGCAAAUUUAUUUGCAAAACACCUGAAAGGAAAAUUUUAUUACUACCAAAAACUUCCUCUCUCAAAUGAGAAAAUUAGACAAACCCUGGUAUGUUUUAAUUAGACAGGCAAGACUUACUUAAAGGUUUCGCCUAGCAAGCUGUUCAUUUACAAAAGUUAACAUUCUUGUGUUACAUUGACCAAAAGGUUAUGAUCAUGGAAUGUGUAAGACUUUAUUCAUGGAAGCCUAAUCAGACUACUAAAGACCUUGGCAAUUUAAACCUGUUGAAAUAAAUGGGUGAACAAACUUUUGUAAUCUGUAGUCUUGACCUGCAUGUUUUACUCCAACUCAUUCCUUACAUGUAGGCUCAGGCUCAGUGUUUGGGUUACCGGUUCAGUAGAAGCCAGGAAAAACAAUGACUUUGUAGUAACCAGAAUGUUAUCCAACUGUAUAUUGUUUACUUUAUUGUAAAUACUGGUAAACAGUGGUCAAUAAAUAGUUUUAUAUUGCUUUA